CACUGCUUUCACUAGCCGUUAGCAGGCCAAUUCAACGAGAGAACUUGUCAAAGUCCUCGCUCCACAUUGAAACCUUCGCUUUCACUUCCAAACAAGCAAUCGAUCUCUAACACAUAUUUGCCUACAUCCGUAAGAAACCCACAUCAUCUCCAUAACAAAUAAGCAGUCUCCCUCUAAUUUGUUGCUCACCUCCUUUCCUUGGCUCUGUCUUCUUCUCAUGGAUUGUUUCGUCUUGCCUGGGUCCAUACUGCGGAGGUGGAGUUCGGGAUCGAGUCUCAGAUACCGGGCACUGGAGGCCGAGGAAGGGCUCUACGAGGCAGAGACUGGGCCCGUGACUGUGGUGGUGGGGAAGGAGAGGAGGGAGUUCCUCGUGGACCCUUUCGUACUAGAAGAAAGCCCGUUCCGGGCCCUGAUGGACGCUGUCAGAAAGGAAGGCAAGGGAAGAGCUCCUCCUGGCAGUACCAAGGCGAGGAAUAAGGGGGUGAUCUUUGUCGAUGUGGAUGCAAUUUUGUUCGAGCACAUGCUUUGGUUGUUGCGGAAUGACUGCUCGUCCUUUUUCGAGCUGAAUGUUGAGGAGAUCAUUGACUUCUACGCCCAAGAAAGCUAGUCAAUGGAAGAGAGGACGUGCUUUUUCCCUUUGAGGCGUACACAUAACCACCGUGAGGCCGAUAUUGCUAUUGCAAAGCUGAACCGUAAAUGAUCUCAAUUCUCAGAAGAUAUUAAUUCCUCCUUCCAGCCAGGAUUCAACCUUGAAAAAGAAACAUAUCCGGGAGGCACCCUUGUUUCUGUUAAACUAAACUGGCCGUAGCCCAUAAUCAUUUUUCGUUUACAAAUCGGGCCCAAAGAUGGACAAUCCACAUGCAAGUCGGCCCAGCCCACCAUCUCAAGUGGACCACCAGAGCGACCAUGUGGGCCCAAAUAGAUCAGCAUACCUCCAUUUUUAUUAAUUUAUUAUUAUUAUUAUUUUUUUUUUUUUGCUGGAAGAUCAACAUACUCAAUUCGAGAUUACCUCACGAACACAUGGGAAUAAUUUUAUCAAAAUAAUAUUGGACCAAAUGUUUAUGCGA